UCAUGCAGUUCACCUCAUUGCCAUGGUAGCAGGAAGCCAGCCUGACGAUUAGCGAUAGUAAUGGACAACAGAAUUCGACUACUCCCCGGUGGGACACAGCCUACGUCCACUGGUAGCCCCUUUGCCGUCAUUGAAGCCGAGCAAGGGGUUGCGGAGACGCUGGCAGGGAAAAGACAGAGCCCCGCAGGGAGUCAGGCGAGGGAGCUACAGGUGACCGGGACGGCCGAGGUUAGCUACCCGGCUGACAGAGCGUCGGUCCGGCUCAGCGUGGGCAACAGCAAGGCGACGGUCAACGAGGUCACCAGCAGCGUGUCACGACGGUUGGAAUACAUUUUGCAAGCUGUCAGACAACAUGGAGUCAGAGAAGACGACAUCACUGUGAGGAAAUUCCUCCACCGGGAUGAAGAGGUCUAUCACAUGAAUGCAGAGGUGACUGUCACCUUCUCUGAUUUUGAGAAAAUGGAGCAGUCCUGCAGCGUCCUGCUGGAGAAACUGGACAGGAGCGUCUCAGUUGGACUACCUCGAUUUUUCCACAGCGCAGAAUGCCUGAACCAUAUCAGGCAGAGUGCAUGUGUCUCUGCGGUGGAGAAUGCCCAGCAGAAGGCCAGCAGAGUCAGCCAGCUACUGGGGCAAAGCCUGGGGGCGCCCACCCUGGUGCGAGAGGAGGAGAUGCGAGAGUGGAGGACCCAGGAUGAGGGUGAGGACGAAGAAGGGGGAGGAGGAAGGCAGGGCCAAGAGGCCGCCUCCACCCAGGCCGCCUCUCUUCCCCGCAUACCAAGCGCCACCGCCUUCUCGCGGGUGUCUGUCUACUUCCGGAUGCGUGAUGGAAAUAGGAAAAAAUACUAAGUACUGGCGCAUAAGAAAUGUGUUUGUAUGGAUUGAUUUGUACAGAUGAGGGAGUAACAAUUUCAGGUGUCGUAUUGGGCGAGACUGAUCUUUUUGGUAUCAGGUACUCGUGGAAGCUGCUGAUACCUGCCUGUAUUUAAGGCUAAAAUAUCUGACUUAAUUUCUUCUUGUCAGUAAAGAAAGAAUGGUAUUUUUGUGAGUCUGUGAACUGAAAAAUAACCGGCAAUAAAAUCCCAGUGGCCUCCACGUGGCCAAGAAGAGGCAGUGCAAUGAAUGGAAUUGAAGCAUUAAAUUAUGAUGCACAAACCGCUACAUUUUUUUACAUUAUGUUUAAUUAUUUUGUUACACAAUAUUACCGACUGUAGUUUUCCUCAUUAAAAAUACAUCGCAAAAAAAUACCAUUUUUUUUCUCUUGGGCAUUUUUGGGAAGCCCAUAACAGCAAUGAAUGGCAUUCCAUUCAUUUCAGUGGGGAAAGAUAAUUUGAGAUUUCAUUAUUCUCAAGGCACCCCUCGAUAAAGGUCGAGGGCGGGGGAGCCCGAAACGUAUCCCUUAUAAUAAACAGGGUUUCCC